UGUCUGGCCGGAGAGAGAACGCGGAACUGAUUGCUCAUGCGUGAAGAAAACCUCUGCGCAUGCGUAGAAUCUUCUUACAGUUUGGUUGGAGGUUCGCGCGAUGUGGUUAGUCGUCUUUGCUUCUCUGUGCUUCAAGUAUGCUCUCAGUCAAGAAUCCUGCAGUAUCGUCCCAUCUUACCAAGAUGCUUGCAACAAUACCAUCGGUGCCUGCGUGGGACGAAGCAAAAUAGAGUUACGUUGCUCAGUGAACGUGCGCGGGGCUCGGAUAUCGGGCAGUAUCCAGUGGUACAACACGUCCGCUUUGAGUGACGAUGGUACCGCACCCAGGGUCGAGCCUGUCGCUGACUUGCAGCGCAGACGAAUCAGCGUAUCAACGGAGGGCUACUGGUGGUGCGGCGUGACCGACGAGGCGUUAAUGACACAGCAGCAAAGAUGUACAAGUGUGCCUGCACUCCACCUCUACCAGUGCAUCUGCAGGGACAUUGACUUUGUUACUUUUCGUGGCAUAUGCUUCGACUGCGAAUGAAAAUUUGAGUGCAAUAGACAGCCUUCAACUUGUCGUCCCAGGCAAACACUACUGUGCCUCUCUACGACCGUACUUUCAAUGCACCCUCCGGUGAUGGCAACCGAAACUGCACCUUCUGCAACAACAAAGAAUCCUCUCCUACAACCGCUCAAAACAAAAACUCCACCACCUACAAAAACAGCGAGCAUUUCUAGUCAUCAAACACGGGAUGAACAUGGUGUUAUUACCACCACCAAUGUGUUACUCCACCCUAGUUUCACUCUGACUACAUCUGAUCGGAAGGACAACGAGAUAAGAGCCAACCCUGCAGGCUCAAGCAUUGUACAACUACUGACAUAUAUAGUGGGUCCUGUAGUAGCUCUUAUCGCCAUUUCCAUUGUAAUAGUGCUCCUUACUUGUGUGUGCUGUCUCCGCUACAAAAAGAACAAAUUGAGAGGGCGAAGACAAAGCAACAGCAGGAGUUAUUCUGUGGGUGCCAGUUGGAAAGAAGAUCACAUUUACGAUACCGUUAUCCUUGCCAAGCCUUCAAUGAGAUCGCCACCCACUUCUCGCUACGUGUCCCAGCCCAGCCAAUCCAACAAUGGGGUGGCUGCAGAGUAUGAAAUACCAGUUACAAGACAUGGUGGGAAAUCAGACUGGAUAAUGGAGUCGUGGCACUGCUCAUCUCUAAGAGUACGUGAAGUAAAAAUGAGCCCUUCUGCUGUGACAGUUUCAGUUUCCGCAGAGCACAGGAGAAAUACUGUUGCUCGUGGAAUAAAGCGAGUGAGGUCUGACACUGGGAGAACAGAGGAGGACGAUGAUGAAGAAGAGAGUAGCUACAGUUGUGGGUCAGAUGAUCCAGAGGCAGAAGGAGGUGUAGAGAGAGGUCCAGGGGAGACUGCGGAGAGCUGUGAUGACGACUCUGACCUGUCGACCGGAACAGACAGCGAAGAGGAAGGCGAGGAAGACUCAAUUAUCAAGGCAGCUUGUUCGGUCUGCAUCAAUGGAGGCAGUCUGUCAGACCCCCCAGAUAUACCUGGUCUGGCCCAUCUCUUAGAGCACAUGGUGUUUAUGGGCAGUAGAGAGUACCCUGGAGAAAAUACAUUUGAUUCAUUCUUGAGCAAACAUGGAGGACACUCCAAUGCCAGCACUGACUACGAGAAGACGGUCUUUUACUUUACAGUACAUCCAGAGUUUUUCAAGAAAGCACUUGAUAUGUUCGCUCACUUCUUUGCCAGUCCUCUUCUGCUGGAGUCAAGUCUGGAGAGGGAGAUUGAGGCUGUGGACAGCGGAACCAAAAAAUCACUGACGGAGUUACCAAAUGAAAAGGGACUUCGUCUUGUGGACCACUUGAAGGAGUUUUACGGGAGGCAUUACUCUUCUCACUAUAUGACUGUAGCUGUCAUGUCCACUGAUCCACUGGAUGAUAUGGAAGAAUGGACAAGAGACUCGUUCUCUGCCGUACCUCACAAUAAGACGCCACCUCCCAACUUUGGCAAUUUCGCGCCAGCCUUCAACCCCGAGGAGUUUCACCGGCUCUAUAGAGUUGUUCCUGUAGCAGACGUGAACGAAAUUCAACUGCUGUGGCGGCUUCCCUGCCUCUUUGACAAGUAUCGGGCCAAACCAAUGGAGUACAUAAGUUGGCUCCUGGGGCACGAGGGAGAAGGAAGUGUGCUCCACCACCUCAAGAAAAAAAACCUUGCUACCGAGAUCCUCGUGGGCAACGGACAGGAAGGUUUUGAAUACAACUCUUGUUUCAGCCUCUUCAACUGCACCAUCGUUCUCACGGAUAAAGGCCAUAACCGUAUUGAAGAGUGUUUACAGUGUGUUCUCCACUAUCUUCACAUGUUGAGGAAAUUGGGACCUCAAGAAAGGAUAUUUCGAGAGAUACAGACUGUGGAGCUAAACAACUUCACCUUCAAGGAAGAGGAAGACCCAGAUCCCUACACUGAGGAGUUGUGCGAAGCAAUGCAGUACUAUUCAAAGGAAGACUACCUGACCGGAAAGUAUCUCUUCUUUGAAUACGAUCCAAAGCUCAUAACUGAGCUGACGGAAAGCUUGACUCCAGACAGUGUGAACGUCAUGUGGAGCUCGCAGCUGUUCAGAGACGAGUGCCCACUGAAAGAAGAAUGGUUCGGGACUCCUUACUCAUCUGAAGAUCUACCUGCCUCGUGGAAAGAUGCAUGGCAGGAUCCUGAAGUUCCUGACUAUCUGCACCUACCACCACCUAAUCCCUUCAUUGCAACUGAUUUCACCAUAAAACAGCCACCACCAGAGCCUGACAAGGUGACCUACUAG